UGUGCGGCUACAUGGGGAUGUCCCACCCUUUCUAAGACAAGUUGAGGACUCCGUGGUUUUUAUCGGCUCUUCACAAGCAGGACUAACUUCCAAACUUUGGCGAAAUGACGACACGGUCAGAGAGAGAAAAAGCCCAGAAACUGAAUGAGCAGCAUCAGGCCAUUCUGUCUAAACUGCUGAGAGAAGAAGACAACAAGUACUGUGCUGACUGUGAGGCAAAAGGACCUCGAUGGGCAUCAUGGAACCUUGGAGUGUUCAUGUGUAUCCGCUGUGCCGGCAUACACCGCAACCUGGGUGUCCACAUCUCCAGGGUCAAAUCUGUCAACCUGGACCAGUGGACACCUGAGCAGAUCCAGAGUAUGGUGGACAUGGGCAACACCCGGGCCAGACAGCUGUAUGAAGCCCACCUACCAGAGAGCUUCAGACGGCCGCAAACAGACCAAGCAGUGGAGGUCUUCAUCCGGGACAAGUACGAGAGGAAAAAGUACUUCGACAAGGAAGCUCAGGGUGCAGCUCCUCAGAAGUCAUCUGAAGCUGCUCCUCCCUCCACCUCACCAUCCUCCCAGGCUGACAGGAACAGACAGGAGAAGGAGCGUGAAAAGAAGAAGGAGGAGAAGAAGAAAGAGAGGGAUGUUGAUAAAGGAGAGAGACUCAACAACACAAAGCAGUCAGAGUGCAGAGUCAGUCCCAAGAAAAGCACAGAGCCAGCUGUGGACCUGCUGGGCCUGGAUGCUCCAGAAGGUGGAGGAAAGAGCUUGGCCAGUGCUCCACCAAUCAGCGAUGAACUGGACAUCUUUGGACCAAUGGUCUCCAACCCUCUCCCCUCAGCCAACAACACACAGCAGGCUCAGUCUAGUUCCAGCACAGCACCUCCGCAGGCGGACCCCUCCACCUCCUCCUCUGCCUCCUCCUCUACCUCCACCACUACCACCACCAAGGCGGAGGAGAAGAAGCUUUUAUCUAAAGACUCCAUCCUGUCUUUGUAUGCCAGCAGCUCAGUGGGCAGUCAGCCGCAGAGCCAGCAACAGCCUGCUCCAGGACAAGCAGGUAUGUACAUGGGCCAGCCCCAAAUGCAGUUCACUCCACAGGGCUUCACCCCUGGAAUGGGUGGAGCCGUCCCACCCGCCAACAUGAUGGGUGGAGGGGCGAUGAUGUCCGGCAUGGCCCUGCCCAACGGGGGCUACAUGGGCAUGCAGCAGCAGGGCGUGAUGCCAGCCAACCAAGGACAGAACAUGUACAACAUGCAGCAGGGACAGCAGCAAGGACAGUGGAAUAUGGGCCAGAUGACCCAGCAGAUGUCAGGCAUGGCUAUGAGCGGCGGAGGGCCAACGCCAGCCACUUUCAACCAGUCAGGAGCCCCCGCAGCCGGUUGGCCCGCGGCCCCUCCAACAGCUUCUGGCCAGACCCUCAGUACCCAGCUGUGGAAGUGAAGAGGGGGGAAACAUGGGGCAGUCACAUGGCACCAAAACAGCCAAAUCUGCCUCCGACCCACUCGUGUCCUUACAGCUCUGAAUAAACAACGCACAGCGGGGGCAGUUUGGCUGCCCUACACUCCCCUCCCAAACCCUACACACCUUCAUCGUUAGGUCAGAAAAACCAAGAUGACAUCACACUGGUGAAGUGGAGAAAAAAAAAAAAAAGAGAGACUGGCAGCUGUCGUGUCUUCAUUCAA